UAGUUUUCCCUAUCAUGAGAAUGUUAUAAGAAAACAUUUUACUAAAUAUGCCACAAAUUCUUUAAUUGCAAUCGAGAAUCUUGACCGCUUUAUUAAAAUUUCGAAUAUUUUUUAAUUGACUUAGUAUAAGGGAUAUGUAUGUUCUUUUUUAACAAAAGAAAAAGGUUGUAAGGCCUGUACCCUAACGGUAUUACGGACGGGGUCCGCGGACCAAUAGCAAGCCGGCGUGCUUUACCUGUACCCCGAACGCGUUUAGCGAUCCUUGACGCAUCUUAACAGCUGAUAGUGCAUGGCGGACCGUCGUACAAACUGCUAUGAAACAAAUCCAACCGCUGUUUGUGCACCGUUAAUCACAUAUUAACUUUUCGUUUUUGUUUUAUGUUCUGUGAUUAAAUCAUGAAAUCGUUUAGUUUACUUAAAGUGGUUAAAAAAGUUGUUGAUUUUUUUAUACUAACAUUGACAGAUGAUUUCGGAUCCCCUGAGGUAACAUAUGUUAUAUAAGCAUCUUGUGUUCCUUUUUCUAGUUUGUAAAAUACAUGCAUUCAAUAGUGAACAUUUGAAUAUAUUGAAUAAAUAUAAUGUGUGAGAUGCCAGAUCUAUAGAAACAUUUGCGGAGUAAAAAGUGGUUGCAACAAUUUUGACUCGUGCAAAUACAGCGCGGGGAAUGUUUGAUAUUUCAUGAGCGUUUCCGUUACGUUGCGUCGUACGUCGCCUCGACUGACAACAUUGUGCCGAUACAGACGUGUCCAUUGUGAAGCUGAGCACGAGUUGCUCUCAAGUUUGAUCGCUGUGAACGCCGAGAUCGAUCAAUAUAACUAUGGAACACCCGACGGAGAUAAGAGAACGAUGAACAAAUAAAAUUUUGUUUACAUUAUAAUGAUAAGAAGACACGAAGAGUAAUCAUGAUUUAGAGCAAUUUUACAUCACGCUUCUAUGUACGACCGUGCUAUGAACAGAUAAGAGUGGACUAGUUCAUGAUUAUGCUAGAUCUAUCAAGAUUAAGACUGACCCGAAGCUUCACAUGCGAUAGCCAAAGUGUGAUGAUUAAUAACAAGUACGCGUGGAGUUGUCAGUGCGCGCACGCAUCGAAUUGUUCACCCACUAACCCAUUUACUGAGCGCGUAUUGACAGAAUUGUCUUGGCGCUCGGGCUCGACGUUCGGAGAAAGGAAUCGCACCCAACGCCGCCGAUAUCGUUGAUACUCAUCAUUAUGAAUACGUCUACCGCAGAAAAAAACAAAUGUUUUUUAUUAUUAGAUCGACUAAAGUUGCUACUUUUGAAUGCCGUGAAACAUUAGGAAGAUUAAUAUUAAGGUAAAGUAGUUACGACUAUGUUUUUGUGGCCGUCUUUUUUUGACUUGUAUCUGUUAAAUAUUAAUAGCGCCUUGACAUGGUUUUCAAAAAACAUAAGUCGGUCUUUAUAGUCAUUAUCAUAUUGAAGCAAACUUUAAAGAAGUCGAUUCCCUGUAUACAAAUAUCUUUAGGUGUAUAUCAAGGCGCGUAUGAAAUGGCGAAGCAGCGGCAGCGGCUAAUGCGACGAAAUGCGCACGCGGCGGCACCUCGGAGUGCGCGGGAGGGCGCUCCCACGGGUUGCCGAUAUUUUUAGUCCGCGACCAUUACUUGGCACCGACGGCCGCACUCGACUGCGCUACUGAUCUUUCUGAAAUCCCGUCCGCGCUGCGGUACGCUCCCGGUUCAGAGUACGCCCAGUAUAAUAUCCGCCGGCGAACUGUACGCCUCCUGUACCACACCAAUCCCGGCCCCAUAUAAACAUGUAACCCCCCUUGCGUGUUGAAUCAUGAUGGUGGAAAAAUGUUAUGUGAUGUGUAUAUAUAUAUGAAUACCCUGGUUGAAUUGAUUCGGUGUUGUAAUUAGUGAGUGCGUAAGAGAGAUGGCAGGCUCGAGCGCGGGCGGCGCCAGCACGACCAGCCCGCGGCGUCAGCGCUACGGGCGCUCCUCCACCUCGAGCGUGACUCAGUUGCUGUCAGAUGGCUACUCCAGCUUUAUCAACCGGCUGACGAGGCGCGGACCUUCCGAGAAAAACGACGCCGUCAUCGAUACUAAGCUUCACACCGCACGAACUCGUUACGACGACAAAUUACUAGCUAAUAAAAACUCUGCCCUCGCCAACGUUCGUCGGUAUGAAAACAAUAGCCAUAUCUCUCCUUACACAUCUCUCACGUCCGGAUUGUCCGGCUCUAUGCGGAAGUUGAACGACGAGCGUGCGUACCCGAGCUACCUCGCGGCGACCAAGUCUAGAAUCGAUACAUCACCUCUACAUACGAGCUCCGGUCUUAGCGCUCUCGCUCGCAGUGACUCAUUCCGCAGAGCACAUUUGAAAGACAAUCAAUCAUCGCCGUUCACCAAACGAUACCCUCUCAAGGAAGCAAACAACAAUAAUAUAGAUCCUACACUUAUGCUCGGCAGCACGCGCAGUCGUUUAGAAGAUAAGUAUUCCUCCGUGCUGGAUAAAAUUGCGAUACAGAAGAAAGAAAGAGCUCGGAAAGAGAAAGAGGAUCGCGAUAAAACUCUGGAACCAGAGCCGAUAGUGCCCCGGGGCCUGAUGAGAAGUCUCACGACCGCCGUGUUUGGUGAAAAUUCUUUCAAACGAAACAAUUAUUCGCGCGAAAAGACCAGAGAUAAAACCCCUUUCAGAAAUACGGCCGACCGACGAUUAUCGUCGGGACAUAAACACGGCGAUAGGAACGACUUCAAAAAUGGCUUCGAUGUCUCUAUCAGAGAUCGUCUCGGGAAGGACAGAGAUAGCGUUUAUCGUCGACACCAAAGGAGAUCACUCCGAGCGGAAAAAAGUGACGAGAAAAGAGGUGGAAAGUUAUCGUUGCAUCCCGUUGAUAUUAACAUGCAGCCGGCGGCGCGCGAUCUCGUGUCGCCCUUGCAGCAAGGUGGCGAGGGCAAGGCCCACGCGACCAGGACCCCGGCUUCCUCGCCCGCCAGGGAGACCGGCCGGCAGAAACAGAUUUACUUUCCGUCCAGCGACGAGGACGACGACAAGACACCCGUGGGCGACCGCGCGCUUACCGAACGCGAAACUAGACGAAAGGAAAUACAAAGUCUCAUCAUGAAGUACGCACAUUUAGAUGAAGUGUACGGCCGUAUAACGGAGAAGGAGAACAGCGGCGCGGGCCCUAUAGGGAACUCGGCACUUAGGCCGGAGCCCCUGGGGGUGGGCGACGUGGUGGCGCUGCCGCCUGAGAUGCGCGCGCGGCGCCGCCCCCAGCGGCCACGGCACCUGCUGCGGCACGCCGCCACGCCGCCUAGCUCCCGGGCGCGCUCCUCCGUCAAGGACGACAAGGACGGACACCUGGUGUACUGGCCCGGAUAUGUCAUGGGAGCGAGAUAUAAGAUCAUCGACACUCUCGGUGAGGGCACGUUCGGAAAGGUGGUCGAAGUCAAGGACUUAGAAAUGGAGCACAGAAUGGCUCUUAAAAUAAUAAAAAACGUUGAAAAGUACAGAGAGGCUGCAAAGUUAGAGAUUAAUGUAUUAGAAAAGUUGGCAGAAGUUGACCCCGACUGUAAACAUUUGUGUGUAAAAAUGUUGGAUUGGUUUGAAUACCACGGACACAUGUGUAUCGCAUUUGAAAUGUUGGGACAAAGUGUAUUUGACUUUUUGAAAGACAACAACUACCAGCCGUACCCGCUGGAGCAGGUGCGACACAUCUCCUACCAGCUCAUCUACAGCGUGCUGUUCCUGCACGAGAACAAGCUCACGCACACAGAUCUCAAGCCAGAGAACAUUCUCUUUGUGGACAGCGACUAUGAAGUCGUCAGUGUAUAUAAUAGUAGUAAGAAGACACAUGACCUGCUGCGAGUGAAGCGCAGCGACGUGCGGCUGAUAGACUUCGGCAGCGCCACCUUCGACCACGAGCACCACAGCACCAUCGUCUCCACCAGGCACUACCGCGCCCCUGAAGUCAUACUGGAGCUGGGAUGGUCGCAGCCGUGCGACGUGUGGUCCAUCGGCUGCAUCAUGUUCGAGCUGCACCUCGGCAUCACACUCUUCCAGACUCACGACAACCGCGAGCACCUCGCCAUGAUGGAGAGGAUCCUCGGACCCAUACCCUACAGAAUGGCUCGUAAGACGAGAACAAAAUAUUUCUACCACGGCAAACUGGACUGGGACGAGAAGUCCUCCGCGGGACGGUACGUCCGGGAAAACUGCAAACCUUUGCUGAGGUAUAUGCAGAGCAACAACGAGGAGCACCGGCAGCUGUUCGAGCUGAUCGCGCGCAUGCUGGAGUACGAGCCGGCGCAGCGCAUCACGCUGCGGGAGGCGCUCGCGCAUCCCUUCUUCUCCAAACUGCCGCAUCAUCAGAGGCUCGGCAAUGACCGCGCGCGCUGCAACGGCGAGAGUUCCCGCGAGCGCUCGCACUCGCUGAGCCGGUGAGCGGCCCGUGCGCCCCCGCGUGCUACACGCGUGCUACCCGCGUGUCAGCCGCGCCUGUGCAGUGAUAUAUACGUUACGGACAAUUAACUAAGCUAGGGAAUAUUUUGUUGUGAACCAUUUCUUCUCAAUUUGUAUUUAUAAAUAAUAAUGUAUGUAAUAAAGGCUGUAUCGGUCGGA